CCCAGAGCCAUUAUCUGUUGACACACUCUGUACUGAUGGUCACUUCUCCCUCAGGAAAGAUGAAGCCACUCACCACAUAACAGUUUGCAGAUUGAUUUAAACCAGUUGAUCAAGCAGCACUUUACAAUCGUUUUCUUUCUGACUGGGAGUUGAGACGAAUGAAGGAAGUAUCCAGUUGUUAAACAAACUACUGACUGAAAAAGGAACAUUAUCUGAGGGAAGACACAAGGUGGAAAGGCUGACUCUUUCUGGGACUGAAGUUUGCUCAAAAUGCUCAUGCUUGACUGUUUGCCUGGAAAACAAGACCCAAUGGAUCCAGCUGCAAUGUUUGGACAGGUGCUGAGGCCAAAUCUAGCAACCAAGUUGCUGGGGAAACUGAGAUCACUGAAAUCACAUGGACCAGGAAAUGAAUAUCUACACCAGGCACAUUCUGCAAUUAAUGACAAUGCCAUCAAAGUUGUUAAACAUUUGAUGUCGGGCUGCAUUUCACAAUCAUGCAUGCCAAUAACUCACCAUUGUGAAAUCCAGCCAUUCCAACAUAUGGGCCGACUAAAGCAUGAUAUUAAACCCGAGAACAAACACAGCCUCACUUACUCCCUGCACCCUGGCUCCCACACUGGGCUUUUUCAAUCACUUGAGGCCAAUGGAGGUCAAAUCGAGCCAGUAGAUCUUUCACUGAACAAGAGACAUUCUCCACGUAUGUCAAGUUCCCCUUCAUCUCCUUACUCACUGACUGCGCUGUCUUCCACAUCUCCUACAAUGAAUAUACCUCGCUCAAGCUCACCUAAUAAAAGGUCACCUCAGCCUCCCAUCAGCAUGGCAUUAACCAGCCCCACAGUGCUUGCUACAAGCCACCUGUUAUCCCGUUCGACCAUCCCAGGCUCAGGAUUGUACCCAGUGAUUCACCCAGUGGUGGUACAGCCUGUCGUAUAUACUCAGCCUAUAAUGGUUCCUACUAUGUUAAAGGACGAGAUGAGGAAUAAUCAGCAAGGUUUUCAUAUGCAAUGUGCGAUCUCUGGUCCCCGACAUCUCCCUAGGCAGCAACAUCCGCAGUUCUGUAACCAUUCAAGAGGAGUUCAAUUCCUUAACUCCGAUGAUCAAAGUCACAUGAUGAUGAAAGCGAUAAAGUGCAAGCAGGAAUAUGACCUGUUAGAUAACUGCAUCAACGAGGUGUCUUCUUCAGUCCUCAGUCCUAUGCAGCCAGUUACAUCGCAUGAGAGUCAUACUCCUUCAGUUAUCGUACAUACUGCUGGAAGACCACAUCCCAUUGAAUCACCAGAUACUCAAAGGAAACGUCGCAUACACAGAUGUGACUUUGAGGGAUGUAACAAAGUGUAUACAAAGAGUUCACACCUCAAGGCACAUCGGCGGACACACACAGGUGAGAAACCCUACAAGUGUACUUGGGAAGGUUGCACGUGGAAGUUUGCCCGUUCGGAUGAGUUGACCAGGCAUUACCGGAAGCACACCGGCAUCAAACCCUUCCAGUGCCCUGACUGCGACCGCAGCUUCUCUCGUUCAGACCACCUUGCCCUGCACAGAAAGCGUCAUAUGCUGGUCUGAGUCUGUCACUGUUCGCAAUGUCGUCCAGACCAGAUACAAACUAUUCUCAUAGUUUUUCUUAACCAAGAUUCAGCUGGGCCGAAUCCUUCAACAGAUGAACACUUCCAUGUUUUCAGCACUUCAAACACAAACAAAACUCAUUUGUUAUGUGCAGGGGUCAUGGUUAACAAUAAGGGUGCCCUUACAUUAAUGCAUAGCAUUCCCCACUUUGUAGUCUCAUUUGUUCACUGAAAUUGUCAGAAUUUCUUUUGAUUAAUAAGCCUUAAUGUUCUUGCCAGAGAGAUUCCCUCUUCACAGUAGAAUGCUGCUCUUUGCCACUUCCUUCACCAAGACCACACCUCGUCUAAAAUGGAUUUUUUUUGUCAAAAACAUUGUCAAUGCUGUCUCUUUAUUGUGCAGAGAUUGGUUUGUACUUUGAAUUGUAAUAUUUUAGUUGUGAGGGUGGAGGACUUCAGGAAAUUCAAUCCCUAACAACUGUGAAAGAAGGAAAAGCCUCAAGAUAUGAUUGGAGGAAACAUGCCCACUAUGACCCUCAUCACCAUAUAGUGACAGUUCUUCAGUAUUUUUGUUGAAGAUGAACUCCCUACAGCUAGCUUCAGUGGUUAAAUUUGUAUUUCAAUAUCAACUCAAGCAAGUUAAUGAAGUUAAGCACCAAAGAUUCACCAACAAUGACUUUUCUUCAUAUUGUUCCACAUUGGAAGCCUCCAGGACUUGCCAAUUCCAUUAUCAGAAAUUUCAACCAUCAAGAGACAAAAUUACCAUUUUCGCAAGUGGAAGUUCCAUACUUUCAAUCGUGAUGCUCAAAUUUGAUAAAGGAGGAAGAAGAAAAGAAAAUCUUUUACCCCUGAGGUUAUAAGCAUGUGGUUCUGCAACAUAGUCAUUGUCCUUCACUAUAUUGCCCAUCCUUUCAUUGUUGAUCGGUUUACAUAAUUUUACUUGUAGAUCAUGUUCACCCACUUAAGAAACUGGGCAAGCACAAGUGAAAAAAGCAGUUCACAGAACAAAUGGUUUUAAUAACAAAGAAAAAUUGAAAUGUUCAAUAAUUACUAACAACAUGCAAAAUUGUCCAUAUAUCAAGAAUAGUAAAUUAUACACUAAUUUGACAAAUUUUUCUUCCUUAUAACCAUAGAUAGUUAAAAAAGAUGUGCUGUGAAAUAAGUGUACAUCAUUUAAAAGUCAUGCGAUCACUUAUUAAACUUAACAGUAUUGGCUUAGUUGUGGGCAAUAGAAAACAAUAGUUCUAUUUACAUUAGAAAACACAAAUACUGUUUAAUCAUCUGAGUGAGUAAGGAGGUUGUUUCAAUUUCAGUUUCAAAGAUUUCAGUUCCUAUCAUAAGUUAUUCAAACAGCAUAACACAUCUGUAAUUGUACAGAUAUUCUUGACAUAUUCCUUUGACCAGUAGAAUGCAAUGUUGGUUUGAUGACGCAUUAAUCAAAUGCAGCAGUUGUUGUGUUCCAGUAAAGUCAAUCCCAGAACACCCUAAAGGAACCAGGUGUAAUUGGUGGAAAGAAAAAUUGAGGAAAUUAGUGUAAGAAAGUAUAAUCUGCUAAUAAGACAUUUACUGCAACAUCUGUAAUAUCUUACUUUAAUUAUUCUAAGGUAUUGGGGUAAUAAUAUUAAGCUGCUCAAAGAACAUCAAUCAUGUUAACUCUUUCUUAAAUACUUUUACUAUUGGUUCAUUGCUUGCAGUUGUUAAGAUUUUAUAAGCUCUCAUUGUAGCCAGUCAACAAAUUGAAUGAUCUGAGUAUAAAUAGCAGAACUAAUUUUUCUAUAUACCACUGGGACAAGUGUCAACCCUGGUUUGUGUAACAUUACUGUUACAAUCACCAAAUACAUUUGAAAAUGCAGUUUAUUGAAAUCCAAUUUUUUCUUGUUACUUCCAUAUUUUGAAAAGUAAACUUUCACUGAAUUGGAAUGGCUUUUCAAAUUUAUUCACUACAAACUUUUCCAAUAAGUUUAUUGUAAUAUUUUUCAUUCAAGAUUUUAAAUGAACAGAAAAACCCAAUGAUGGACCAACAUGACUUAUAUUAAUAUAAAUUUCAAUUACCUGUGAAAAUAUGUUUAUAAGCCACACACUGCUAACACAUUCAGCCAUAAAUCACAGCUUUUAAAAUACACAUCUUGAAUUAUUUCCCUAUAUUUAGAGACUGAAUGUAAGUAAUCAUCAUCACAUUUGUUUUCAAUCUACUUUCAUGUUUUGAGAAAACAUUUGCUGUAAGGUGUGCAUUGUGACCACUGCAGCUGAUUUGAAUAUGAAUUUAAAUCAAUAAUCACUUCAAUGCAAACCAAUCUAUCAUAUUGCAUAAAUUAUAUUCUUGCAAUGUGAAAUACAUUUAUUUUUACAGACCACCAAUGUUGUUAAAAGCACUGACCAGUUUGAGACUCAGCCCAGAAAAGAAGUUAAUAAAGUCAGUCCCCAAUUUGUACAGAGUUAGUUAAUCCCAACCCAGACCCUCCUGAUUAACACUGGAGAUUCUACAAUCAGUGCCUAGAAAAAAAUGAAAGCAGCAGGACUUUCCAUUUACAAUCAAAAUCAAUAACUUGCUGCAAUAAAGCAGAUGUAUGUGUGGCUGUCAGGGAGGGAUGUGGCUGUGAAGUCAUUAAUGGUUAAAUGGGCCACCACUACCCAGUGGCUGCAAAUGAAGAUUAACUAAUUAUUAAGUAACUCAGGGACAUUGGGGAUAGAGGUAUCUAGAUCUAUAGACUGCAGCCCAACAGUACACCAAUCAGUUCAGGGACAAAAUUGGAGGUAGAUUAGUUUUCUUUUUCAGUUCAUUUUGGUUGAAAAUUUGGGGGUUUUAUUUAUCAUCUUGGUAAGGUUUCACUUAAGGUGAGCUUUCUACAGUGAAUAUAAGAAAUUCACCACAUGGAAAGUUAGAUCCAAGAGGAUCAAAACUCAUCUUUAGUUGUUUUCACUAACUAUGUGAUAUAAUAAUGCCUUCGGAUUAAAAUCCGUAUCAGUGCAAGUGACCAAAGGUGAAUUUUUAACCUCUCUGAAGUUUAUAAUUUCAACCAACAUGUGAAUGCUAAGAAGAAGAAGUAAACAUUCUAGGUGUAAUGCUUCAAAGCAGAAGUUUGAGUGUAGGUCAUUGCUGAUAGGAAUGCCUGUCUGAAUUUGAAUUACAAGUGAUGCUCUGCUUCGGGGGCACAACAUGUUACAUUCUGUGCAAUAGGACAAGAAUAGUAGAAACCAGAAGAUUCACAACCAACUUGGUAAAAUGUUGCUAAACAUUGAAAUAUGUGAACGUAGCGUCUUGUGGCAGCUGGCCUGCCUUGUGGACAGUAGUCAUUCAUAUUUUGUGGUUCAUAUCAAAGAGUGACUUAUUUCCUGUAAGGAAGUGGAGAGGGUGACCUGUUGAAGAAUUUAAAAUAAAAUGCACUUGAAAAUGGGUGCAAUCAGAUAAUGUUCACAACAUGAAUAAUAGAUGUGGGGAUAAUUUUUUUGGAGGGAGCUGUAAGAGUAAGUAACCUCCCUCCUUCAAAAGAAAACAAUAAAUAAUAAAGCAGUGAGAGUUUUAAAAGACUAUGAAACACCCCAUUAUGUGCUGUGUCAUAUACUGAGAUGGGAAGGGGGAUUUUGAUGCAUACACAGUUUAAAUCUAUUCUUCUCAGCUUAGAUACCUAAAAUGUGAAUUUUUAUUUUUUUUGAGGGGAACGUACACUUUGGUUUAGAAUUUGGUUUCGGGAUAAUAGCUAGAGAAGCUUAUUGUGACACUUAAUAAAAUAAAAGUGAUGCUGAACAGAUGAAAUAAAAGGUUAUGAUUUUAACAAAUAUGGGUUUCUUUAUAUUUUCAUUAUCACAUACAGGAGCAAUUAUAGAAAGAGUUCUGAACCAACCCUGACAAGAGCACAUGAGGUGAAUGGCUAAUCAGAUUCCUACAGUGCACAAGGACGAUACUUAUUAGGCAGUGUAUGUAGCUGUCAACCCUACACUUUUUAAAAAUUAUUCUUUAAAAGUUUAGUUUUAAUAUGCAGAGCUUUUAACAGUUGCACUCAAGCAUUGUUUCUGUUGUACAGCAGUAUUUUGUUUGGUUAACUAGAAAUUAAACCCUCAAUAAUGGCCCCACUGACUGAUCCAUGAAUUUGAUAUCCAUGAAUGCUGAGGUGAAAAAUUCGUUUUCAUGCUGAGAUGAGAGCAGUGUAACAGUGAUUUUUAAAAAAUUUUGCUACAUUAUGUUCAAAAGGGUUCAAGAAAAAAUGAAUAAUUUGCAAAGUAAUUCACAAGGUUGAGUGAUUAAUUCAAACCAGAAGGUGGCUAAGUUAUAUGACCCUCACCAAUCUAAUUUGACUUCAUUGGAUGGAUUUCAUCAGCAUCAAACGGGGCACUAGACUGGUAGGAAAAGAGAAUCAGUGUCAUUGCAGCAGUGAUACAAUCCUGUUCAGACUGCCCUCUUCCCCACAUAUCCCCAAACUCUCCACCUUCUCCAGAUUUUCCGACUGGUGCCUGAUGUGUUCUGAUGAGACUGCUGCAACAGAGAGGAAAGCUGGAGGAAAAAAAAGCUAAUUCUGUCAGAAAAAAACAUCUGAUUUUCAAAAGUGUGUUAUAAAUUCUUACUGAAAAUACUAGAAACACUCAGCAGGCCAAGCAGCAUCUGGCAAAGGGUGUUCGACUCUGUUUCUCUUUCCACAGCUGCCACCUGACCUAUUGAGUGUUUCUAGUAUUUUCUGUUAUAUAAAAAGCAUCUGCUGUUUACUGUUGUUUUUAUUUCAAAUUCUCGUAAAGAUCAUAGAAAUUUCACUGGAAGUCAUUAUGUUAUUACUCCCGUUUGUGAAAAUACUUCUCCCUUUCACCAUUAUGUGUUUUCACUUGUAGGUUUAUAGCAUUCCACUGUUACAUGGUUAAGAUUAUUUCAUCUGGUCAGCAUUUCUGCAAGCCUGCUUUUGAAUACUCCAGCAGAUUAUUGCUAUUAGCUUAAGCAGUAAAUUGUGCUGGAAAAUAUAGAACAACAUAGGUUUAUAUUUCAAGAGUUAAGACUAAAUGAGUAAUUUUGGGUUUAUAUUAAGUCAUGUUAACUUUAUUUAAAUCAUUUAAUAGUGUCUGCAGUCAAUAUAAUUAAAGAUGUGAAAAUUUUAAGAUAUUUUUACUAUUUCUUCAACAUUUCUGAUUGUCCCAUGGGAGUUUAGUAAUGACGUUUUGUCAUAUCAAACUGUGAACACAAAUUUGUACUGUACAGUCUUCUUAUUCUGUAUUCAAUAUAUAUAUGUAUUG